GAAAGCACGCCAAACCCGGUGGCUGUCGAGACACUGGAAGAGUUGGAAUGGUGCUUAGAACGUCUUGAAAAUAUCCAAACACAUCGAUCAGUCAGCGAUAUGGCCUCUAGCAAGGUGAUUCAGCCUUCUAAUCUAUAA